AGCAUAGUAACGUCGAACUGAAUGGAAAGUAGUUGGGUUGUUGGAAAAGUUUGUGAGAUUUUCACGUCAGUAUCGAGAAUAUUUAACAGUUAUAGCAUGGAACAAUCGACAUGGGUUGAUCUACCAGAUGUCGUUGUGAUAGAGUUAUUCAGAUUUUUAAAAGAUAAGGAUCGAGCAGCUGCCGCACUGACAUGUAAAAACUGGGCAAGAUUGUUUAAGACGCCAUGCCUAUGGCGCUCCCGACACUUUGAGAUGGGAGGUUAUAGGGCGCACAAUAAUGGAAGCCGCGCUUGUGCGUUUGCAAGUUUAUUCGGAAACUAUGUUAGAUAUUUAUCGAUUUCAUGUAGUCAUCCUUCAUACCACACGACAAAAAUAUUCCAGAGAGCAAUCGAGGACGUCCUAGGAAAAAUGCGCACGUCAAAACUAUUCGAGUUUGAGCUUGAAAGAUUAGAACUUGAACGUUUUUGGAAGUACGAAACACCCCGUGAUAAAUUAAUAGCAUGUUUUGUAAGGUUUUUAAAAACACAAAAAUAUUUGAAAAUAUUUGAUAUGACAGCUGCACAGUGCAAUUUAGAUGGGGGAUGUCGAAUAUUACAAGCAGUGGGCAAUAAUUCUGGUUACAAAGUACAAGAUGUGUUUAUUGAAGAUUUUUUUCAUUCAAGAUUAGCAGUGUUUCAAAAUGAUCGAUAUAAGUCAGCAAUUUACCAAUUUACAAACAUAAAUUAUUUAGGAAUCAAUUACAACUGCUUAUCCGAUGAAAUAAUUGAAACUUUUUCGAAAACAUUAGAAGGAAAAUUGGAGUGUAUGAACAUUAAAGUCUACCGAAACGAUCCCCAUUUUCAUACCAUUGGUGGCAGCCAGUGGUCUAUUUUACGCCGGAAGUGUCCAAAGUUGAAGGUAACCAUGUGGUUUGAAAGCAUUGGGCAUUCCACAGAUAUUAUCCCGGUUCUUGUAAAGGAGAUUCCAUUAAAGGAUUUACAUAUCUGGACAGGGUAUGAUGAUGAUGUGGAAUGGAGACUAGCAAUUACGAUAGACCAUAUUGCAAAUUCUUACGCCAAUACUUUAAGCAUGCUGUCGUUAGAACUAGAUAAUAAUCACGAACUUGUAGACGAUAAUAUUCUGACACUGUUACAGAAGUGUAAGAAACUAAACCAACUUACUCUCAAUGCAAAUGUUGUGGUCAGUACGAUCAGGGCUAUCUGUCUCUUACGGUCAGAAAAGAAAACCACCUUACAGUCCCUCCAUCUGACAGCAUGUGGACUGUCCGAACAAGAAUGGACUGUCCUAUGUCAAAUCAAAGACGAGUUUGCUGAGUUGAUUGAACAACAGGGUUUGGACUACAAAUUCUGUACCGAUUUGUUAAUAGACCUUGGAGCCAUGUAGAAAAUGCUCUUGAUCAAUAAUAAAAAAUAUUGACAAUCAAUUAUGAAGUAUUGAAUACAUAUUGUUUUCUUGAUUAAA